AUGGUUAACGCAAUCAAGGGGCUGUUCAUCUCCUGUGAUAUACCUAUGGCGCAGUUCAUCGUUAACCUGAACGCCUCGAUGCCGCCAUCGGAGAGGUUCAUCGUGCACAUGCUUGAUCCUACCAACAUGUUUGUGCAGCCUCAUGUGGCCCACAUGAUCAGGAGCAAGAUAGGAGAGUUCAGGGAUCAGAACAGCUACGAGAAGCCGCAGUGA